AGCUUUACGGCUCGGUUGUUAUGCCCCAUUCGCAGCCAUGUCAGUGAUGCCAAUGGCGGCUUGGAGCAUCGGCCAGGUCUGGGCCAAUGGGCAGGUGUCUCCGUCCUCGCCCCGGCUGCUGCCCUCCGGAAUGGUGAAUGGAGCAGCCGGCAAGGUGGCCCGGGCAGCCAGCUCGAGUGAAGGUAUGAGAAGUCCCAUCAACAUGGGCAUGCACAGGCCAGUGGCAGUGGCCUCGGCAUCCUUCUCGCCGGUGAGCUUCGCGAACCUGCCGAACGCCCCGCAGGCGGCGGUCUGCCACGCGAGGGCUCCGACUGCGGGACCGGAAGAGGCCAGAGGCUCUAGUAGCGUCUCUUUGCCGGUGAAGCUCCUGCGCUGGGACAGCGCAGGUGCUGGGAGUUUGUCCACCCAGGAGCCUUCCGCAUCGUCCAGCCAGCUGGCGGUGGGAGGCAGCAUUGCGGCCAGCGCUGCAAAUAGUGUGGGCGAUGCGCAGGUGGGAGCCCUGCGGUGUGAGAUCGAAGGCCUGCGGGCGGAGCUGGAUGCGCUCAAGUCGCUCCUGGAUGAAGGUCUGCAGCAACGGGAGGAGGCAGAGAGGAGCCAGAGCGCGCUGAUCUCCAAAGUGGAGCAGCUUUCCCAGUGCAAGCUCCAUGCUGAGCAGCAGAUGCGGGAGGCGCAGGCGGAAUCCCAAUGGCUCCGGAAGGAGCUGGCGCUGGCCCGGCGACAGGAUCUCGAGAACUGUGGGGAGCCAGACGCCAACAACGUGCAUCCGCCGCCAACGAAGCCGCCUUUGCGCUCGUCCUCCUGGUCCCCUCCGCCACAGCGUGGAGAGAAGGCGGCGGCGACGGCGCCGCCAAGUCCCAAGCACAGUGCCAGGAACCGCGGCGCGUGCAGCAGUGAGCCUCGGUCCUUCGCCAUGGCCCGUAGCGCCAGUCUCAAGCCUCCGCCUGAGCCACAGCUCACAGACGAGGUGGACGAGAUGUGGCGGUCGCUGCUGCAGCGAUUCCCGCAGCAUCCCCAUUGGUGCUUGGUCAAGGAGAAGCGCUGCGUGUACCGUAUGGGUAGUCAGACCGGGAAGAAGAUCUUGUGCCGCGUCACUCAUGGGGGCCUGCAGGUCCGCGUCGGCGGCGGAUGGAUGGCCGCUUUGUCCUUCCUGGAGAGGUACGGGCCGAUGAACAUGGGCCGCUACGCGGAAGACCACCAGUUCAACUGCGCCUCAGUGGACGUGCCGGCCUCCAUGGAGAGGCUCUUGGUGCCCACCAAGAGCUGGGCGCAGCGGAUCGGCAUCAGCAAGUCGCCGGACAUCAGGGAGCAGCGUCGCAUGCAGGACAAGACUGUGGAGGAGUUGCCUGAAGAGGCGCGGAGCUUUGGGGCAAAGAUGGCCUGGAGCAAUGUGGCCAAGCCAGAUGAGGAAGUUGAUGAGUGCGAGAAGGCACACUCUGCCCUCCAGCCCUUGCCCUGGCCCGGUGACACGCGCUCAGCCAUCGAGCGAUGAAAGAGCCGGACCCGCGCGCGGAUCCGCGCUGAAGGAAGCUGUGCAACCAACCGAAGUGCCAACCAAAUGGCCCCUGAAAUUGGAGUCGGGGCCUUUAGUUUGCACCUUUCGUCCUAUCCGAGGAUCUGGUAGGCCCACUGUUUUCCCACCGGAAUCGCCGGGCUUGUACCGUAUUGCCCUGGCGUAGCUGACGAUGACCGCAAACACUCGUGGAGGUGCAAGUCUUGA